AUGGCUGGUAGUACGCAAGACACCGGCGUCAAAGACGUUCCAAAAGAGCUUGUGGAACAAGCAAAAAAGCUAUCGAUUACUGAUGGGAUGGACCAGUUGAAGGUAGAAGGUAAGAAUAAAGUAAAGGACAAGAAAAGUAAGAAAAAAGGCAAGGCCUUGAAUGAGAUCACUCCAGAGUAUAUCGCUGAGAUGCGAGCUAAGAGAGAAGCUGCGAAAAUAGCAAAAAAAGAGGCUCUUAUUGCUCAAGGUAUAGAUCCAAAAUUGCCCGCAGACCUUAGAUUUAUCAAAAGGCCGAUGUUAGCUGUUCCUCGAGAUUCAUCAGGCCAAUCGACGAGAGAGGUAUGUCCAAUCAGUAUAAUGACGUAUAAUUGUCUUGCCCAAGCUUUGAUUAGAAGAACACUGUUUCCUACGAGCGGAAAUGCUGUUAAAUGGUUUAAAAGAUCUCAAGUUUUACUCAAUGAAUUCAAAUAUUACAAUGUUGACGUACUGUGUUUGCAAGAAAUUGACACGGUUCAAUACAAGUCUUUCUGGAAAAUGGAGUUCACAAAACUAGGUUACAUGUGUCAAUUCCAUUUUAAUCCUACCAAAAACCACGGAGUAUUAAUUGCUUGGAAAGAAGAUCUAUUUGAUAUGACAGAUAAGAUGUUAAUUGACUACGACAAAGAAACAACAGGUGCCAUUGAACCAAGAACAACUACCAAAAAUGUUGGCAUGUUGCUUUCUUUGAAGUUUAAAAAGAAAGUGCUAGAAAAAUAUCCAGACACCAAAGUCAGUGGUAUAAUUAUUGGUACCACACAUUUGUUUUGGCAUCCAUUUGGCACAUAUGAACGGACAAGACAAUGCUAUAUUGUACUAAAAAAAGUAAAAGAAUUCCAGAAUCGAAUCAACGUUCUUCAAAACGAAAAAGACGGUGAUAAUUCACAUUGGCCAGCAUUUUUCUGUGGCGAUUUCAAUUCUCAGCCGUUUGAUGCCCCAUAUUUGUCCAUCACAUCAAAACCAGUGGAAUAUACCGGAAGGGCUAAAACAGUUAUAGAGUGCAGCACUUCAUUUACCUUCUCUAAACUAAGAGAUGGGGAUGAAGGAGAAGGAGAAGAAGGCGGCAACAUUGAAAAAUUUGGUAAAGGUCAACCUGAGACCCCCGUGCCAGAAUCUUUUUCCGGCAACGAAGAGCAAAAGCAGUUAUGUGAGAACAUGAAAACCCUUCAUAAUGACAUUGACAUGCGCGCUAUAUCCUUGUAUUCAAUUGCUUACUCGAAAGUUCAUCCUGAAAACUCAGGAUUGGACAACAAGCGUAAUGAACCUGAAAUAUCUAAUUGGGCACAUGCAUGGAGAGGUUUGUUAGACUACUUGUAUUAUGUUACAUCAUGGGAUGGAUGCGAUUGUACUAAGAUAGAUGAGCUAUCAACAUUUGAGCAAAAUUAUGGAGUUCAAGUUCUUGAGCUUCUAAGAAUACCUCCCGCCAAGGAAAUGACAGAGCAUGGACAACCUCAUGAAGGUGAAUAUCCUAGUGAUCAUUUGUGCAUGAUUGUUAAACUGGGAAUCAUAAUGUAA